CGUACAAACGCCAUUUUUUAUAUCAUUAAAACGGGCAUGUUCUCACAGACUUUUCAUUUUUCGUUCCCUUCUGUCGCGUUGAAAUCCCUCGAUCUCUCCGCUCUCUCGCCUCUUCCUCCGCCGUCCUCGUCGCCGUCGCCGUCGCCGCCGCCUCUGUCUAAUCUUCCGGAAGAAGGCAGCAGUAUAUCGAGUUGGGAUCGGCGUCGAGGCGUCUCUGGAGCCGAGGCGUGGCGGCGAAUGAGAGAAUCGAGAGGCUUCGCUGAUAUCCUUGACCAUCGAGCGGCGGAGACAGCGACUUCGAAGGGAUCAAUGGAUGCCGAACCCUCUCACCCCUCCUCCGACCACAACUUCGAGUUCGCUUUCAAUUCCAGCAACUUCUCCGACCGAGUGCUCCGGAUCGAGGUGAUGGCGGAGCCGCCGGAUGCCGGGUCCAGCCACCGCAAGCGCAGAAGGGAUGACGGACCUAAAGAAAAAGCACCAGAGUUUGCAAAGUACUCGUUGGAAUUUGUAACGAGUUACCAGCCUGACACGCACGAAUGUGAAGAAUAUGAGAACCAUGAUGAAGAUGAUGAACCAAUCUUUGAGGAAUUUACACAAGGCGAUGAUUCAGAAAAUAAUGAUUCCUCAAGCAUGGGUUCUCCACGGAUUCUCAGAGUUAAAUCCAUUUAUAUUAGUUCGGCUAUACUUGCCGCCAAAAGCCCAUUCUUCUACAAGCUUUUUUCAAAUGGCAUGAAAGAAUCAGAUCUGCGACAUGCGACGCUAAGAAUCAAUGAAUCAGAGGAAGCUGCUCUCAUGGAGCUCUUGAGUUUUAUGUACAGUGGAAAGCUGUCGACUACAUCUCCGACACUUCUUUUGGAUGUGCUGAUGGCUGCUGAUAAAUUCGAGGUUGUUUCAUGCAUGCGAUACUGUAGUCAGUUACUUAGAAGCUUGCCGAUGACAACAGAGUCUGCACUGUUGUAUUUGGAUCUACCUUGCAGUGUUUCAAUGGCUUCCGCAGUCCAACCUUUGACUGAUGCUGCUAAAGAUUUCCUUGCCAAUAGUUAUAAGGACAUAAACAAGUUCCAAGAUGAAAUGAUGAGUCUUCCCCUUUCUGGAAUCGAGGCUAUUCUGUCUAGCGAUGACCUCCAAGUUGCAUCAGAAGACGCUAUAUAUGACUUCGUUCUCAAGUGGGCACGAGCACAAUACACAGUAUUGGAAGAACGGCGUGAGACCUUGAGUUCUCGCUUACUUCAUCAUAUCCGUUUUUCACAUAUGACUUGCAGGAAACUCAGAAAAGUCCUCACCUGCAACGACCUGGAUCAUGACCUUGCUUCCAAACUAGUAACUGAAGCACUCUUCUUCAAGGCUGAGGCUCCUCACAGGCAGCGGGCUCUUACCGCUGACGAAUUAACCCAUAAGCGAUUCAUGGAGCGGGCUUACAAGUAUCGUCCACUGAAGGUGGUGGAGUUCGAUAAGCCACACCCACAGUGCAUUGUGUACCUAGAUCUCAAGAGGGAAGAGUGUGCAAAAUUGUUCCCAUCUGGAAGGGUCUACUCACAGGCGUUCCAUUUGGGUGGCCAGGGUUUCUUCCUCUCAGCCCAUUGCAAUUUGGAUCAGCAGAGUUCAUUCCAUUGCUUUGGCCUUUUCCUAGGGAUGCAAGAGAAAGGUUCCAUUAGCUUCACUGUAGAAUAUGAGUUUGCUGCAAGAACUAAUCCGUCUGGAGAAUUCGUUAGCAAGUACAAAGGCUUCUACACUUUUACUGGCGGGAAGGCAGUAGGCUACCGCAACUUGUUCGGCAUCCAGUGGAGUUCUUUCAUAGCCGAAGAUGGCCCCUACUUCAUCAAUGGCACACUUCACUUGAGAGCUGAGUUAACCAUCAAACCGUCUCAACCACCUCUACCAUAAUCAAAUCAUGUAUAUCCGCCAGUGUUAUAGUCUACUUAUAGAAACUCUGCAUGAAGUGAUGGUUUUGCGCAAUAUUGUUCCUGCAAAGCUGGAAAGGCUUCGAGGAAUGACCUUCUUGAUGUGUGCGUGUGAGAGAAUUCUUGAAAUUCCUCGACUCCUAUCGGUUUACCACCUUAAGAGCUCUUGCUGGAUGGAUCAUGACUUCCCAAUUUCAACCCGCAUAACUGACAAUUCAACAAUCUGUUUAAUUCCCAGACAAUGCUUUUGGCCAAGGAUUUCCUUGCAGGAACUUUGAGAAACUUGGAAAUUACUUGCAGAUAUCUCUUUCUAUUGAAACCUUCUUUUGAAUUGCUAUUA